CUGAGUUUCACCUCCUUCCAGGUCUAUAGAUAACAAACAUGGAGCCAACAAGUAGCAAUAGGAAGAAAGCCAUGGCCAGACAACGUAAGGCUGAAGUCAUGAUAGCAGGAGAACAGCUGAGGCUGAAACUUCAUGAUGGAAAACUGAUCAAGGACCGGCGGUACCACCUGCGGACAUAUCCAAACUGCGUGGUGGCGCAGGAGCUCAUAGACUGGCUGGUGAGUCAUAAGGAGGCCCCAGACCGGACCACCGCCAUCAGCCUGGUCCAACACCUCAUGGACCAUGACAUUAUCCACCAUGUCUGUGAUAAGAGGCCGAUAUUCAAGGAUGCCAAACUGCUGUAUCGCUUCCGCAAAGAUGAUGGAACAUUUCCCAUCAACACUGAGGUGAAAAUCUUCAUGAGAGGACAACAACUGUAUGAGCAUCUAAUAGGGGACAAGAACUCAAUCCUGCAGCUGAGAGAGGAACAUGGUGUUGCAUAUCAGCGCUGCUUUCCAGGCUGUCAGCUGAUUGACUGGCUCCUUCAGAACGGAGAGGCUGAGAGCCGGCGUCGGGGACUAGAUCUGUGCCGUGCAUUGCAUGAGCAUGGCAUCAUUCAGCACGUGGCAAAAAAGCAUGAUUUCUUUGACAGCGGACUACUCUAUCAGUUCUGCAUCAAUUUCCGCCGCCGCCGCAGACUAUCUGAACUGUUGAAUGAAAGUAAGCAAGACACUGACGAGGGGACGGUGGUGUCGACUAAAGAGGAAACCCAUCAUGACAGUCCGUUUGUGCUGCGCAAAAACCCACCUCAACAAGAGAAGAGUGGGUUCCAGUCUGUUGGGUCACGAAAGGACUUGAAACAGGUCACCAGUGGACGUCGAGGCAGCUUGAACUCCCUGAAGCUUCAUCCUGCUGAAUUUCCUCCUCUGUCCUCAACCUCAGUGGUCACAUGCAAUCCCAAAUCAGUACUGAGAAGAAAUUUCACUUGUGAAGAGUUACUGGCUCCUGGUGCACCCUUCAUCAAGAAAGUGUUAACAGUGAUAGGGGAUGCCCUGGGCUGGGGCUUUGUCAUCAGAGGGGCCUCUCCCUGUUACGUCCAGGCUGUGGACCCUGGAGGCCCCGCAGCAGCUGCAGGGGUGAAGGUGCGUCAGUUUGUGUGCCAGGUAAAUGGACAGUAUGUUCUCCACCUGGACUACAGGACAGUGACCAGGCUGGUGAUGACAGGACCACGGGCUAUUGUCCUGGAAGUUAUAGAGCCACUGGAAUAAAGUUCUUACUGUGUUCCCUCAUUAUUUUAAUGGGAAACAAAAAUGUAAAUAUGUAUUUGUGAAAAUAAUAAACCAAAUGUUGCUGCUGUGCCCCUGUAUUUCAUGAGACUUCCAUAGUAUUGUAGAUGUCUGCUGAUAAAACAUGGUCUGAAUGCAUCAGCCUCCU